AUGGUUUUGAUUCACUAUAAGAAAACAGAGUUAAAUCAAUUCCUUUAUGAAUGUAGUGCCAAUACUCCCACUGAUUAAGUCAUUAAAGACCUUGUGUAGAGUAAUAACAUCUGAAUAUCAUAUUAGUCAAUAACAUGAGGAUUAUUCUAGAUCGUUUAGCAUGUGCUAUGGAAGAUUUGGCCACACAUGGUAAUAUGCUAAUCCUAUAAAUCGAAUAGGACCCUUAAAACCUGAAGACACUAGGGGACUAUCUGAAUAAUCUUUAAUUGAUGCAGCAAUCGAAACCAUGGCGCCUGAAAAAAAACCAUGGGCAGUCACUCCUCAAUAAUUAUUGCCUGGUUAACGAUUGAAUCCUGACAAAACUGCAUAUCGUACUGGGGUUAUUCAAACAGAAGAGUUGGCUAAGAUGGUUAUUGAGAAUUGUACAAAAGUUAAACAAGCAAUUUCUAAAAAUCUAGUAGAUUUAAAAUAAUGUCUUACUACAAAAAUUGUUCAAGACUAAUUAGAUUUGCUAAGAGGUUGCAUGAUGAUCUGUUAUCCUGGAUACCAUGGAUUGCCACCUUGGGAACCAGCCAGAGAAAUAUUAGAAGGCCAAUAUGAUACUCAAGCUACAUUUACAGAAUAGUAUGACUUCUUAGAUGAAAAAAAUACAUCCUUAUGGUGGGCUGGCAAAGAACUAUUGAGAGGCAAGUUAUUAUCCGACUUCAUUAAGAAGAAUGAAAAAACUAAAAUUGUAACUCUAACCACUCAUUAUUUUUUAGAUUGUAAGGUUGCAAAAGACUGGGGCUGGUGCUCCUGUUAGAGAACCUGCAGUCGAUGCUGAGACUCAAAAGAAGAUGAUGGCAUUCUAUUAUAAAAAAUAAUAAGAACAAAAAGUAUCUCUCUUAAUUUCUAUACUCGUAGGAAUUAGAAGCUGAUAAUGAAGAUGUCUAUUUAAAUUCUUCAUGGCUAAUCCUAAAUAAUUGA